AUGGCGGCCGAACCCGCCCUCCCAGUUGUCGCGGAACGAUCCUCCAAAUCGACCGAGAAACAUCAAAGGAAUUUGUCUAUCAACAUGUCUAUCAAAACAGCCCUGACGAAGCUGAAGGAAACAGCAAGGCCGUCUUCCGACAGUGAACAUUCCCCGACUCGGAAAAGCCUAGCUAGCUUCUUCCUUGAUAAAGAUAUCGCAUCUUCCAGUGAUGACUUAUACAGCGAUGAUAGCGAAGGCAUGAGUAAGAAUGAGCAGAAACGAAGGGCACGGAAACAAAAACGGGAAUCGGGAACGCGAUUGAGCGGGGAAGUUAGGGAACACUCGGAAACACGCAGGAAGGAACGUGAAGAGCAGGCGGCGAGGGAAGAAACUGAGGAGAUAAAGGCUCAUUAUGGAGAUUUACCAUUGAUGCAGUCUAGAGAGCGCCCACGGGAGAAUCUGUUAAAGUUUGACAAUAUCACGGUGGAUUUGGUGGGUCAGGAGGUGAUGUUUAGGGCCCGCGUGCAUCAUGUCCGACGUAUGUCAUCGAAGUUGGUUUUCAUCGUCUUUAGACAACAGAUCAUCACUUUUCAAGGAGUGCUAGCAGAAAAAGCUGGGCAAGUAUCUACUUUUAUGAUCCAAUGGGCUGAGCAUAUCCGUGUCGGCUCGAUUGUCAAGGUGAAAGGGAAGCUUAGCAAGUCGCUGGUGCCUGUUGUGGGAUGCACAAUUCAUGACGUGGAGCUUGAUAUAGAGAAGCUUCAUGUCAUCGUUCGGAGGGAGGAACCGGUUCCAUUCAGUGUUUACGAAGCAGAGCUCACAACUAGAGAGGAACAUACCCACGAUGGGCGGCGCAAUCACAUUCUGGACAAGACCCGUCUUUCCAACCGUAUCCUAGACCUGCGCACUGACGCAUCCCAAUCCAUAUUUAGAAUUCAGAGUGCAGUCAGCAAUCUGUUUCACAGUGCAUUGGAUUCCCAAGGCUUCAUUGAGAUUCAUACGCCGAAACUUCAGGGUUCCGCUACAGAGUCUGGUGCUAGCGUUUUCGAGGUCAGCUACUUUUCAAGAGCUGCCUUUCUGGCCCAGAGUCCACAACUCGCUAAGCAAAUGGCUAUUGCGAGCGACUUCGAACGUGUGUACGAGAUUGGCGCCGUGUUUCGUGCGGAGAAUUCAAAUACCCAUCGCCAUUUGACAGAAUAUACUGGUUUGGAUAUUGAAAUGGCGAUCGACGAACACUACCACGAAGCGCUUGAAGUUAUCGACAGCGUCCUCAAAGAAAUUUUCAAAGGAAUUUAUGUUCGAUACCGACGAGAGGUGGAUAUCAUCAAGCAUCAGUUCCCCCACGAAGACCUGGUUUGGUUAGAUAAGACUCCAGUUAUCCUGUUCUCUGACGGCAUUAAACUUCUUAAUGACAGUGGAUGGCGCCGGGAUGGUGAAGAACUUCCGACCAACGAAGAUUUGGGGACUCGAGAUGAGAUGAGAUUGGGCGAAUUGAUUAAGGAGAAAUACCACACCGAUUAUUACAUCUUGGAUAAAUACCCUCGGGUUGCAAGACCAUUCUACGCUAUGGAAGAUCCUGAGAACCCUGAAUUCACCAACUCUUUCGAUAUUUUCGUCAGGGGUCAAGAAAUUGUUUCCGGCGGCCAGCGCAUUCACGAUGAAAAGAUCCUCGAGAAACGAAUGAGAGACGCUGGCAUCGAUCCAUUAACAAUGGAGGACUACCUGGAGGGCUUCCGUUGGGGUGCUCCACCUCACGCCGGUGCUGGCAUCGGUCUGGAAAGAUUAGUCAUGUUGAUCUUGAAGUUGGGAAAUAUUCGACUGGCCUCUAUGUUCCACAGAGACCCUAAGAGCUUCCCUGCCAUCCCAGUACCAUCCAUCCUCCCAUACCCAGACUCAUCCACUAUCGAUCCUCCGUGGGAGAGGGAAGAAAAUAAACACCAGAACAACACCGAUUUGCACCGCGAAUUCCAGCCACUGGAGGAACUCAUCGCCAACUACGGUGACGCAACGUCAACGUCAUGGCCAGAUCCAAAGUAUAAAAUCUGGCGCGACCACAGCACCGGCGCCGCCGUCGCGUACGUUCCCAGCAGUCACGGCUUCGCAAUCAUUCCAGGCAACCCGCUCUCGGACCCCAGUCAAUACCACAAAGUAGCCGUCCGCUUCCUCCGUUGGCUCAAAAGCGAAACACACAUGAAACCCAUUUGGAUCCUCUGCUCACUUCCCCUCGAAGAGGUCUUGGGCGAUAAGCUGGGUUGGCGCACACUUUCCUGCAUUGGAGAGGCACGCAUCGAUCCAUCCCGCAACCAAGCCGCAGCAGACGUGGAUAUUUCCAAGAAAAUACGCCACGCGGAGCGCGAGGGCGUCAAACUCCUUACUAUCCCGACCGAUAAACAACUGCCAGAGGACCUGACUUCGAAAAUCGACGCACGCAUCGCAGACUGGCGCGCCCACCGCAAGGGGCCGCAGAUUUAUCUCUCGGAAAUCAAGCCAUGGCGAGACACGCGAAAUUACCAGUACUACUAUGCCGUCGACAAGGAAGGGACUAUCUGUGCCUUUGUCGCAUUGGCCCGGCUGGCGGGGAAUAGCAUGCAGAUCAAAUACAGCCUGGACUUCCCUGGGUCGCCGUCGGGGGCGAUCGAGUCCCUUAUCACCCACGCGAUUCAGUCUGUGGCCAAGUCGGGAAUUAAGUCACUCACUUUCGGUGCCGGGGCGUCGAACCACCUAACACAGGGACACAACAUGUCUGGGGCAAAGGCUAAGUUGCUGCAGAGCACGUAUGAUACGCUUGUCAAGCAGUUUGGACUGAAUCGCAAGACGGAGUUUAGAGUUAAGUUGGGUGCGUAUGAGGAGCCGCUUUACAUUGCUUACCCGCGCAAUGGGAUGGGUUCGAGGGGUAUCAGGGCUAUUCUGAACUUUUUGGAAGAUUGA